AUGAGUAAUUAUUGCGUAGUUUGUGAAAAUCAAGAAGUUUUGACAAAUAAAAGAACUGGGGAAGAAUUAGAAUAUUGUUCUAAAAAAUGUAGAAAAGUUGCUGUCAAAUCUGGGUUAUUAAAAGCAUGUGUUAAUUGUGGAAUUUAUCCUAAACUAUUAGAAUAUGGCAACUUACAUGAAUAUUGUGACGAUGAUUGUAAAUUAGAAUUAAACAAAAACAAAUCAUCUUUUACUCAAAAAAGAAAAACUACUCAAAAGAAAUCGAAAAAUCAAGAAAGAAGACAAGAUAGUGGUUACGGCGAUGAUGAUGAUGAUUUACCUCCAGCUUAUGACACUCUCAAUGGUUUAAAUAUAUCACAAAACAAUAAUUCUUCUUCUCCAUUUUACGCAAACGAAUUUUACACACCUGUUCCAACUGCUUCGGCUGUUCCGGAUAUUGCGACUGUUGCGCCUACUCCACAAAUCAUUUUCGUCCAACCUCCUCCACAAGUAAUUCACAUUCAUCACAAUGUUCCUCCUCAAGCUUAUGUCAAUCAGAAUCCACCUCAUAAUAUUCAGAAUGGGGGCAAACAACCUUCCACCAUGAAAACAGUGGCUAAAGUUGGCGCUAAAGUUGGUGCGCAAAUUGCAAUGAGUAUUAUUACGGGUGGUCUUUCUGAUCUUAUUAGCGGAUAA